AUGGAGUUAAUCUACGCUCCCCCAAUUCCCCGCGCCUUGAAGCUCAAGAUCGUGCCUUUGAGAGGAGACCAGCAAUCCUACCCGCCAGUCAUGAACGGCGGACGACAAAUGCGUCGAAUCGACAAAACCACCUCCGACGCAUGGGGCCCCCCAAUCUUCGCCAACCGCCGCGCCUCCGUCGAACCCCGAAUCACCGCCCAAAACGAAGACAUGUUCCGCACCUUCCACCCAGCCCUCCGCUCCGAACCCGAAGUCUUCGCCCUGACCCGGAAAACCAACAACACCCAAGUCUGGCUCAUAUUCCCCCGCAAAGGCGACAGCGGGCCGUUCACGCACGUGGGCGGCCGGCCAGUGCAUACCCAGCCGUAUUUCGAGACUCCUACUGAACACGGAAUGAGAUACGCGAUGAACAGGGAGGAUCCGAUACAGCGUGAUAUCGAUGUGCAUGAGCCGUUGUCGGUGGAGGACUUGGGGCGGAUUAAGGCGGUUUUUCCCCGGGCGACUGGGAUUCAGAUCUUUCAGUGUGAGUGUGUGAUUGUGUUUUUCCAGGGAAGGGAGGAUAUGGUGCGGUCUUGGGAGAAUGGGACGCCGCUGAGUAUUGGAGGGUUGAUGGUUGGAUAUCGGUGUUAG